AUAAAAAUAAAAAAAGUAACAGCAAAGAACAUACUAUUAAUUUAUCUAAGUUUCAACAAACUCUUGAGAAAUAGAUGUGGAGAUCCCACUUAGUUCAUCAGUUGGGGUAGGCCCCUUGGCCGCCUCUUUUCUACGCUUUCCUCCAUUUGCUUAUAUGUAUAUACACACUCUCUGAUCCACCAUUUCAUAACACAAACUAGUUUAAUUACAUCAACUCUUUCAAAAACCAGUUCAAUGGCGCCUCAAGCCUUCUCCCUCCCUAUUCUUCUCUUCAUUGUCUACUUCCACCGCACCGCUGCUGAUUACGGCGGCUGGCAAAGCGCCCACGCCACCUUCUAUGGCGGCAAUGACACAUGUGGCACAAUGGGAGGAGCAUGUGGAUAUGGGAAUUUAUACGAUCAAGGAUAUGGGGCGAGCACCACAGCACUAAGCACAGCGUUGUUCAAUAGCGGUUCGACUUGUGGAGCUUGUUUUGAACUGAAAUGUGAAAAUGAUCCGCAAUGGUGCCUCCCUGGUUCAGUUAUUGUGACUGCUACAAACUUUUGCCCACCUAACUAUACUUUGCCGAGUGGCCAAGGAGGGUGGUGUAAUCCUCCUCGCCAACACUUCGAUAUGUCUGUGCCUGCUUUCUUGAAAAUUGCACAAUACCGCGCUGGAAUAGUGCCUGUGUCAUUUAGAAGGGUUCCUUGCGUGAAGAAAGGAGGAAUAAGAUUUACAAUAAAUGGGAACCCAUAUUUCAACUUGGUUUUGAUCACGAACGUUGGUGGAGCCGGAGACGUUCGAUCAGUUUCAAUCAAAGGGUCUAGAACUGGGUGGCAACCCAUGUCAAGAAACUGGGGCCAAAAUUGGCAGAGUAAUUCAUACCUCUACGGGCAAGGGCUCUCUUUUCAAGUCACCACCAGUGACGGUAGAACUGUCACUAGUUACAACGUGGCGCCGGCUAAUUGGCAGUUUGGACAAACCUUCGAAGGGGGUCAAUUUUAACAUAUUUUCUUGUGUUUAUAAAGUUGAAAGGGUGAAAAUCCUGAGGUGCUAAAGAAUAAUCAAGCGCUCGCAUAUAAUGAAAUAGCUUUAAAAAAAAAAGUUAUUAAUAUAAAUAAAAAAAUAUUAUUAAUAUAAAUAAGUUUUACAUA